CCGCAGCCGCAGCCACGGCGGGCGGAGCGCGGUGCGUGUGCGCGGCCCGGCCCCGGCUCAUUACUCAGCGGCCGAGGCCGGAGGCGGCGGUGGGUGAGCGGCAGGCCCUAAACCAAAAGUCUUGAUGAUUUCUUCUGUGACCAGCUGCUUUAAUUGUAGAGGAGAUAGAAGACUGAGUAGCUCCAAGUGCCAGAGGUGAAUCAAUUACCUGACUGCUUUAGGCCAGAAGCAAAAUUUGGAUGAAGUGAACGAACCAGGUUGCCGUCAUGAGCAGGAGCAAGCGUGACAACAAUUUCUACAGUGUUGAGAUCGGAGACUCGACUUUCACUGUACUGAAACGGUAUCAGAAUUUGAAACCAAUAGGAUCAGGAGCACAAGGGAUAGUAUGUGCAGCUUAUGAUGCCAUCCUUGAGMGGAAUGUUGCAAUCAAGAAGUUAAGCCGACCGUUUCAGAACCAAACCCACGCUAAAAGAGCCUACAGAGAGCUUGUUCUUAUGAAGUGCGUUAAUCACAAAAAUAUAAUCGGCCUACUGAAUGUGUUCACACCACAAAAAUCCCUGGAAGAAUUUCAAGAUGUCUACAUAGUGAUGGAGCUCAUGGAUGCAAAUCUCUGCCAAGUGAUCCAGAUGGAGCUAGACCAUGAACGAAUGUCCUAUCUUCUUUAUCAAAUGCUGUGUGGUAUCAAACAUCUUCAUUCAGCUGGAAUUAUUCAUAGGGAUUUAAAGCCCAGUAAUAUAGUAGUAAAGUCAGACUGCACUUUGAAGAUUCUUGACUUUGGACUGGCCAGAACUGCAGGAACUAGUUUUAUGAUGACGCCUUAUGUAGUGACUCGUUACUACAGAGCACCAGAGGUCAUCCUAGGGAUGGGAUACAAAGAAAACGUUGACAUUUGGUCAGUUGGGUGCAUCAUGGGAGAAAUGAUCAAAGGUGGUGUUUUAUUUCCUGGUACAGAUCAUAUUGAUCAGUGGAAUAAAGUUAUAGAGCAGCUAGGAACACCAUGUCCCGAAUUUAUGAAGAAAUUACAGCCUACAGUCCGAACUUACGUGGAGAACAGACCUAAAUAUGCUGGAUAUAGUUUUGAAAAACUCUUUCCAGAUGUCCUUUUCCCAGCUGACUCUGAACACAAUAAACUUAAAGCAAGUCAAGCAAGAGAUUUGUUAUCAAAAAUGCUGGUUAUAGAUGCUUCUAAAAGAAUCUCUGUKGAUGAAGCCCUGCAGCACCCAUACAUCAAUGUUUGGUAUGAUCCAUCAGAAGCAGAAGCUCCUCCACCAAAGAUACCAGAUAAGCAGUUGGAUGAGAGGGAGCACACGAUAGAAGAAUGGAAAGAGUUGAUAUACAAGGAAGUCAUGGACCUGGAGGAGAGAACCAAGAAUGGGGUUAUACGCGGCCAACCAGCCCCUUUAGGUGCAGCAAUGAUCAAUGGCUCACAACAUCCAUCUUCAUCGUCAUCUGUCAACGAUGUAUCUUCAAUGUCAACAGAUCCAACAUUGGCCUCUGAUACAGACAGCAGUCUAGAAACCUCAGCUGGACCUCUGGGUUGCUGUAGAUGACUACUUGGUCUUUUGGGGGGUGGGAGGGGGGUCCUUUUAGUCAUUAAUAGGGCACUUUUAAAAUUUGGUGGUAUUUUUGAGUGUUUUUUCAAAAAUAAUCAUGGAAUUCAUCAUAAAGUGCUGUAAUUUCAAACUGUAAGUUGUGUUAUAAGCAGCCACUUUUUUGCUGUAACUAACUGUAAAAUAUUAAACCUGAUAAUUUUUAUUGUGGUUUUAAAAUCUGCAUAUUUGCUUUACUAUUAUGCUGCUGAUCUUUUUUUACUGAAUUUGUAAGAUUUGUUUUAUCAAAGCACAUAUUAAUGUUGUGGUCAUUACCAUAUGAUGAAUUAUUUAAGAUUUUAUAGGUUUUCAAUUUUUUAAUUAGAAUUUAUUCCGGAUGUUUUGUUCAUGAUAAUCCUUCAAAGUUUUAUGCUUGGUCAUACAUCUGUGUCCAAGUGGAGGGGGAGAGAGUUCCGUGCAGCCAGCUGUAGUUUCAGGCAUACUACUGUGGUGCUGGGUAGCAAACAAAAUCCUCUUUUAUCUUGGCCACUUGCCUAUAAUACUUCAGCAAAAGCAACAAUUAGUUUUUUUAGGGAAACAGAAAAAAUCCUUUGCAAACUGACGUCAAUUGAAUGGGUUUAUGAACUUAAGAAAGCAAAGCAUAUCUUCAAAGCUGCAGAAAUAYCCAGCCUAGCAAACUAAUGUGAUGUUUUCUGCAGAGUUAUGGCAUGCCAAAUCUUGUGAUCACCAUAAAACAUGAGGAUACUUCAUGAAUAAUACAUUGCAAUGCCAAUAAACUGUUUACUUCUAGCUUGUAGCCUGGUUUUGUACACACAAAAUGAAGUGUAUCCAGGAUGUUUAGACUGACAAGAGGGAAAAUGAAUAUGCUGUAGCUAUACUUUCAUGUAASACGUGAUUCUUGGGAGUUUUGGUUCUUACUAGUUUUGUCUACUAGGGCAAGUGCUUUUUGGGUCAGAGGGAAUGACAUGAAUGCAAUAGGGGCAAAACUUCGGCUACUCUUUCUCCACCAAAAAUAACUGAUAGCUAAAAACCUUAAAGUGGUAGGAGAACCUCAGGAUUUCUGUAGCUAAUGCAUUAAGUGAGCAAUAUACGCCAUCCAAAGGAGGGAGUAGUAGUGCUGUAUAAAUUAAUAUUUAUCUCUUGUAUUUCACCAUGAGAUCAGUGUAGCAGAAAUCUUAGCAGUGGUUCAUUUUAAGUCAUAAAUACUCAGUUUUCAUCACCGAAGCUCCAGGUUUCAAUACACUUUUUAAACAAAAGAUAUAUUGAGAUAUAUAGAACAGUUACUAAAUAGUCAUGUAAGAUGGUGCUGCUCCUCACAGAAGUAUUUUAACUGUUUACAUUUUAUAUUUACAGAAURAUUUGUGUGUAACUGACUUAAGUUUAUGUAUGAGUUAAACAGUCAUUCAGAAUUUAUUUCUUUGGGAAAUGCAGAUUUUUAGUGAAGCUAGGCUGCAUAAUUGAUUGCCUUGUGUAGAUGCAUAUUUUGUGUAGUGAAUUAGAAUGUGAAGAGGAAUUUAAAUUAGUAAAGCUCACAAAAAUGGGCAUAAAGAUACAGAAGUCUUGCCAGGUGCUGAGCAUAAGCAAGUAAUGUUACUGGCUACAGAGGUCAUCCAGGAGUGACUGGUGGUCUUCAGUGUGGUUCCUUCUGCCUGUUCGGUUAAAUAAGCAUAUUUUUGAAGUUUUAACAGUAAGAGGAAAAUUUGUCUUUGCAGUAAGUUUCAGAAAAAUAGAAGUGAUAGUAAUGCUUUCAGUAUCUAACAUGUCUUUUUAAAAAACAUGCAACGUUGCAAGGAAUGGUAAUGUCUCAAAGAUAACUAAAUUGAUAAAUUUUGAUAAGUUUUCCUGGCCUGGCUAGACUGCGGGUAAGUGCUGUGUCCGUUUAAUUUUGCUUUCCUCACUUGUAUCUAAUAUUUCAAUAUUGCCUUCCUAAGCCACAUUUGUUAAGGCAAUUAUUUUUACAGAAACCUGCCAAAUUGUAUAUUACCUCAGAAUAGGCGGGGUAAGUUUGGAUUCAUCUAGCACUGGAAUGUAGAAAAUCUGCUCAAGUUGAACAGAGACCAACAGAACAAUCUAUUUUGUAAUUUUUUUAUCAAAUUUGAAGCUGUGAAUUAAGCCAACAUUUUUGGUCAAACAACGUACUCCAUUGUUAUAAAGGGUCAAAUGAUAGUGUGGUCAGCACAGUGUAAUGAAGUUAAGACUGACAAAAGUAACUUCUGAUGCCUCUAAGGGYUGUUAUAAACAAAUUGGUAAAUAUAGUUUCUAUUUAUUUUCGACCCCACUGGAUUGCAGUGAGGAUUGAAAUACUUUGAAACUUAAAAAUAUUUCUUCUAUCACUUUGCAGUGUUUUAAAUUUGUAGUAAUGAACUAAGCUCAUAAGGUUGAAGGAGAAUUGAGCCUUUCUUUUUUCAAGGAAGGGUUAGUGAAUGUGUGGAACUGCCCACUGCAGCCUAUUGCAGUGUGAGUAAGCUGCGCUUAAAGGGUCAGAGCUUUGCCUGUGGAAACCAGGAGCUCACUUUUGGCAUCAUAUUCACAGGAGUGUUGCUUUUUCUUUUUGGUCUUUUUUUCUUCAGUUGCUUGCAUUGUAGGCAAAUUAAAGUGAUGGCAAAUUUCAAAGACAAGAAAAUCACAUUCAGUAAUCAAAUUAUUACAACAGCAUCCUAGUCUUAACUUCCCUUUUUAUUUGUUGAAAUGUAAACUUUUUUCAGAUAGGUGUACACUGCCACAGAAAGCAUACAAAUGGGGAACUGGAGUUCAGCUGUCUUUGUCUGUUGUUAGAUUAUAGGCUAUCCAGUACACUGUACAAUUUUGAAGUAUUGUUAAGCUUUAUUUUAGACUAUGAUUCGAAAUCUCAUUACAACAGGCUUCACUGAAGUGCAUGCAACUUUCUAGGGCUGUUCCAAUCCCCUGGGAGYUGGUAUGGAUUGAACUACUAUGAGCUGGCUGAUCUCUUACCUCAGCUGAGGUUCAAAGUUGGGCAGUAAUAGUGAGAUUGAUUUCCACCUUCUCUGGGCAGAGCUGUGGCAAGCAGCAAGGAUAAAGCAGCUCUUUCCUUUUAUAGUAGGUUCUUCAAGAAUUUGUAAUAGYGAUGGGGCAGGGGGUGAAUUAGUACCCUUAGGGUGUACUGGAAUGGUGUGCUGUGAAGUCUUUGGUUGGUGCACGACAGUGGGUCAGAGCUGCUGCAUUGGUGUGUUCCUGUGUGAGCAGCUGUGCUGCCUCAGCUCAGUCCCCUGGAGGAACACACAGCCCUGGGACACUGCUCAGCUGAGCAGACAUGGCACUUUGCCCUACCCAAGCUUGGCCUUUUAGCUUUGAAGAGCUUUUACUAUGUGAGGUGCAGCAGCACCUUUCUGGGCAGGAGUUGCAGCUCAAUGCAGCAUCAGCACCAGUGGUGUGGUGGGGGUGUCCCAUGUCCCCAGCAUGGGCUGUGGCUGUAGGGCCCUGCUGCCUGGCAUUGCUGGGGCCAACACUGAGCCCCUGGGCAGGGGUACUGCAGGGAGGGAGGGAGGGAGG